CAAACACCAAGUGUAAGACGUUUGAGAGGGCAAGGUCAUUCAGGGUCUGUCAAAGCAAAUGAAUCUAGAUUUGAUUUGGGACGACUUGUAUUAAUGGAGGGCCUCAAAGAUCAAUUCACUUGAGCCCAGAGACUGGAGAUUCUACAGUCAAUCUUUGAGCUUGAUUUGUCUCGAGACGGGCAGGCCUGGUCUGGUGCAACAAUUGAACCCGAGGCAGUGCGAAGCUGCUUCGUGCAUGUUCUUUGCCACAGAAUUGCGCUGCUCCAAUGUGUCGAUUUGAGUGCCUAGGAUCUAUUGUUCUGCUGCUCUACGACAUUGGCGACAAAAUCUGGACCAAGACACGGUCGCAUGCUUUGGAUGGGCAUCCUCUACCAAAAUGUUGCAUGAAAUCCUGCUCUCACUGUCAGGACACCCGUCGCCCCUGCUCCAAAAUGACCACGCGGGGUCCACCGCCCUGUCAGCUCCAGAACGGAACCUCCUAAGGAGUGCCGGCCAGCUCAGCGAAAUCCACUGCAACCUCAUCAGUUACACUGCGCAGGUCAGUGCGACUCAUCCCUCUGCCAUAUGCCGGGCAGUUUCCACGGCCAUCACGUCUACGCAUCUGGCUGCCUUCCAACGGAAAAUAUUGGAAGUGGAAGAUGGUAUCCUUCGCAAGGAUGCCGGCCUCGUCGGUGCUUAUAACAUAGUGCCCCUAACCGCCGUUAUGGGAGAGUUCUCGGGGUGGACUCGAACGAUGCAAUGGCUUUGGGAUGUUGUGCAGUUCAUGCUUGGGCAGGACAGUGUCUCAACGCGCAGGGGGUCGGAGCUUAUCAACAAGCUGCGUAGCGAGAUGCAGACUGGCUACGCCGAUAUCGAGGACGCGUCAACGAGUCUCGUCAAGGUCGCCGAGACCGCAUGGCUGAAGCAAGUGUCCGCCUGGAUAUUAUACGGACGGAUACCGAAUUUUGGAGGCGACGACUUCUUCAUUCAGAGGGACAAAGAGAAUGAGCAGGGUUACAAACUAGAACCUGCGUUGUUGCCAUCCUUCGUAUCUGCCUCUACCGCAUCUUCUAUGCUCUUCAUCGGCACGUCCUUGAACAGGGUACGAACCAGAAGUGUAGCAGACCCAAGCAUCGGCACCCUUGCCCACCUCUCUUCGCAACUUCAGGAGCUAUCAAGCCUCAAGUUUCCCUUGAACACGGCCGCUUUUUCGCGGACCAUUAUCUCGAUACGGAUGACCCUUUCCCGGACUAUAUUGCAGAAGCUUCUGCCUUUGGAAAAGGUGAUAGAAAUGCUCCAUCUCCUACGCGACUUCUUAUUAUUGGGCCGUGGUGAGUUCGCUAUGGCUCUGACACAGCAAGCGGAUGAGAGGAUACGCGGCCGAUGGCGUCGCGCAGACAAUCUUGCCUAUGAGCAACGCAGUGGUGUCGGCAAUGUUGUGGUCAAAGAGGGUGAGGUCACCGCAGUGCUCGCUCGAACCUUUGCCGCGUUGGGCUCCAUGCAGAGUCAACACGCCGAAGAGGACGAGGAACUCGAGCUCGCCAGAGAUCUCCUUCGGCUCAACCUGUCCAAGUCCAAAACAGCUACACCGAAGAAGCCUGCAGCGGUAGUUGUGCAAGAUAUGCCAACGAGUAUAGUGACGACACCAUUCCGCAACCUUCUCUUCUCCGUUCCUGUCGAUAUGACGAUUCAAAUACCCUCGCCGCUAGACUUAUUUUUGACUACGUCGGAUGUACAAACAUACACAAUGAUUAACUCGUACCUUCUCUCUAUAAGGCGAGCCCACCUUCGACUGACGGAUCUGUGGAAAGUCACUUCGCUCCGUCGCCACCACCCAGCCCCGCCGCGCCCGCCAUUCAACGGCACUAGAGGAGGCAGGGAAACAACGCGCACGCUGCGGGAACGGUGGUCGGCUCGGUCGGCCUACAUGCGUAGUGCAUGGACAACGAGCAGCGCGGGGAUUUUCUUCCUCGCAGAAACCGAGGCCUACCUUCAGGUCGAGGUCGUAGGAGGCUUGUGGGGCGACUUCCACUCUUGGCUGACAGGGAGGAGCGAGCUCAGCAAGCAAGGCAGCAGCAGUAGACCACCAACUUCGGCCAAUAACCGCGCUAAUAACCGCGCAGAGCAGUCAGACAAUGAUGACUACGAUGUCUGGCCGCAAAACAAGGACCAAGCCUCGCGCCCUUCAACGUCAAGUCGAAUCAUCCUUCCAAAAUCUCCUCAUCGCGAUCCCCAGACUCUAUCCACGGCCCAUAGAGCCUACCUCCGCGUCCUGAUCCGACGUCUACUCCUAACCCAAGCGAGCUUUACGGAGACCCUGUACAACCUACUCAUCCACAUUGACCACUUAGUGGCCUUCAUCCACCGCCUCCACGGCAUCUGGACGUCCAUGGACCUCGAGAUGGACGAGGGCGUCGUCGACGCCUUCUCCAACCUUGACGCCGAGGAGGCAGACCUCAAGGCUAACAUUCGCCAUGUCGAGGAUAAGGUCAAGAAGGGGAUCGAGGAGGUGGUGGGCGUGUUGAGGAGCUUGAGUAUGGAUUCGGCAUUCAUGGCCGAGAUGGAGGACGAGCAGGGGGGCGCGGCGGGGGGCGAGGAGAUGGUGGUGGUUGAUGGUGGGGAUGAGGAGAGAUACGUACCCAAGAGGAUUGGCGGUGUGGAUCGGUUGCUGAUGAAGCUGGAUUUUGGGGGGUGGUUUGAUGUUGGGAGGGCGGCUGAGGGGUGUGGAGAUGAGUUUUGAGAGGAUUCGAAUGUGUGAAGUAUAUGAGCCAUGGGCUAGUUUGAUGAUGGAGCUGGGAGGAGGAGUUUUGGGGGAGAGCUAUAUUAUGGGAAGAAUGUUGUACGCUGUAGGUGACCAAGCUUUGAUCAGAUGGAAGGCACAUAAAGAUUCAUCGGCAUAUACGUAGAUUGCUGAGAAAUACGUUGCAGUCAUAUGAAAAUGCCGGAGUUAACUAGGAUUGUUGUUCAUAGAUAUGCGCGAUGACAGCCGUUCUAUAAUGUGGGCAGGAUAAUCCUUGAGAAAUAGCGGAAACUUUCGGC